AAGGUGGUGUUUUCUCCUGCUCCGCGCCCGGGACUACAGGAGCAGCCGUGCGGCCGGCCGGCCGGUGUGGAUUAUAAAAGUAGUUUUGUGGAGAGACGCUGGCUGUUUUCUGCGGUAUGUGGAGCCAGGAGCGACCAUGUUAGGCAGGUGAUAUAAGGAGAGAGCCGGCUGUCCUGUCCCAUCUUCAAGAGGACCGAGGAUAGAGAGAGCACGAGACAGACACACACACACACACACACCAGGAGAAAGGGAUUUACUGAUACAAAGGGAAGGUCAAGAUGAAUCUGCUUCUGCACCACUGACCAGCCAAACUGGAAUGAUCUCCUGACCUUUUCUCUCCUGGAAGUGACCAAGUCAGCGAUGAGCGGGGGGAUAUAAUGGCCAAGAACAAGGAUGCUCGCCCUCCAACAUUCGCCAUCAGCGUGGUCGGUCUCUCUGGAACGGAGAAGGAGAAGGGCAACUGCGGUGUGGGCAAGUCCUGCUUGUGUAACCGCUACAUUCGUCCAGAGGCAGACUGCUAUUACACAGAGCACACUUCUGUGCUGAGCACAAUAGACUUCGGGGGUCGCGUUGUGAACAAUGACCACUUCCUAUACUGGGGGGAGGUGCUCCAUCGGGGGGAUGAUGGGCUGGAUUGUAAAAUCCAGGUCAUCGAGCAGACGGAGUUCAUCGAUGACCAGACGUUCCUUCCUCACCGGAGCACCAACCUGCAGCCAUACUCUAAACGGGCGGCGUCUGCCAAGCUCCAGUCGGCAGAGAAGCUGAUGUACAUCUGCACCGAUCAGCUGGGCCUGGAGCAGGACUUUGAUCAGAAGCAGAUGCCAGACGGGAAACUGAACAUCGAUGGCUUUUUGCUCUGCAUAGACGUUAGUAAGGGCUGCAACAGGAAAUUUGAUGACCAAAUUAAGUUUGUCAACAGCCUCUUCUCACAGAUUGUCAAAUCCAAGAAGCCCAUUGUUGUUGCCGCCACCAAGUGUGAUGAGUGCGUGGACCAGUAUUUGAGGGAUCUGCAGGCCUUUGCAGCCAGCAAGAAGAACCUGCUCAUAGUAGAGACAUCAGCACGCUCCAAUGUCAAUGUGGAGCUGUGCUUCAACGCGCUGAUACAGCAGAUGGACAAGACGAGGGGGAAGCCCAAGACGGUGCCAUACCUGGAAGCCUACAAGACGCAGAGACAACUGGUCGCCUCAGUGACUGACAGGUUUGAGAAGGUGAUGGUGCACACGGUGAGAGAUUAUCACACAACAUGGAAAACAGUGGUCAACACUUUGAAGGGCCACCCGGACUACACGGAGUUUAUCACCCUGGAGGGCUCCAGAAAUGCCCGGAACAUGUUUAACAAGCACAUUGGGCAGCUGAAACAAGAGCACAUUAAAAGAAGAAGAGAGGAAUACCUGACCACGCUGCCCAAAACACUCAACAAUCUCCUCAACAACCUGGAGGAGAUCGAGAACCUCACUUGGACUGAGGCCCAAAGCACGAUCCGAAACCGGCCUGAUUUCCAGUACUGGUUUGUGGUCCUGGAGCACACGCCUUGGGAUGAGACGGACCACAUCAAUAACAGCGAUCGCAGGAUUCCCUUUGAUCUCCUGGACACACCUGACGGCGAACGGAUCUACCAAAACCACGUGCAGCACCUGUUCUCUGAGAAGAGGAGGGUGGAGAUGAAGGAGAGGUUUAAGAAGACGCUGGAGAGGGUUCAUUUCAUCAGCCCAGGUCAGCCCUGGGAGGAGGUGAUGUGCUUCGUCAUGGAAGAUGAGGCCUACAAAUACAUUACAGAAUCAGACAGGAGGGAUGUGUACAGCAGGCACCAGCAGGAGAUAGUUGAACGGGCCAAGGAGGAGUUUCAAGAAAUGCUUUUUGAGCAUGCAGAGCUUUUCUAUGACUUGGAUUUGAAUGCCACCCCGAGCUAUGACAAGAUGAGUGAGAUCCAUGCUGUGCUAAAUGAGGAGCCCAGAUACAGAGCUCUGCAGAAGGUUGCCCCAGAUCGGGAAUCCCUCCUCCUCAAACACAUUGGCUUUGUUUACCAUCCCACCAAGGAGACUUGCUUAAGUGGGCAGAGCUGUGUGGAUCUGAAAGUGGAGCAGGUCUUAGCAAACCGUCUUGUGCAGCUCGACCAUGGGCGCCCUAAUCUCUACUACAACAGUGCCAACGUUGAUAAAAUCAAUCUCUGCCUGCUGGGGAGGGAGGGCCUUGCACAGGAGCUGGCAAAUGAGAUCCGAGCUCAGUCCACUGAUGACGAGUACACCCUUGACGGGAAAAUUUAUGAGCUGGAGCUUCUCCCUGUGGACGUCAACUCCACGCUGCUGUUCAGCCACACAUGGGUCAACACCUUCAAGCCGCAUGGCUGCCUCUGUGUGUUUAAUUCUAUUGAAUCUCUCAACUGCAUCGGAGACUGCAUAGGCAGAAUCAGAGCAGAGAUAGCACAGAGCAGGAGGGACAGGUUCUCUCAGCCCCUGCCAUUCAUUCUCAUCCUGGCCAAUCAAAGGGACACUGUUUGUAAAAACAUGCCCAUCUUGAGGCACCAGGGCCAACAGCUAGCCAAUAAGCUACAGUGCACCUUUGUUGACAUCCCCUCUGGGGCAUUCCCACGGAAAUUCAAUGAGUUCCAGAUUAAGCAGGCCCUCCGGGCGGUGCUAGAUGGACUGAAGCACAACCUGGAUGUUCUGAGCCCACUGCCUUCCAUCAAAGACAUGUCAGAGACUGACCUCAGGAUAGUCAUGUGCGCCAUGUGCUGGGACCCCUUCAGCGUAGACCUCAUCCUCUCACCAUUCCUUGACUCACACUGCUGCAGUGCGGGCCAGCCAGGCCAACCCAACACCUUGAUCCUGGACAAGAUCAUUGGUGACAGCAGGAGGAGGAUCCAGGUCACUGUCCUCUCCUACCACUCCUCUAUUGGUGUCCGCAAAGACGAGCUUGUGCACGGAUACAUACUAGUCUACUCGGCUAAACGCAAGGCUUCCAUGGCGACCCUGCGGGCUUUCCUAGCUGAGGUCCAGGAUGUCAUCCCUGUCCAAAUGGUGGCCAUCACUGACAGCCAGGCUGACUUUUUUGAGAAUGAUGCAAUCAAGGAGCUGAUGACAGAGGGUGAACACAUCGCUACGGAGAUUGCUGCCAAGUUCACGGCACUGUACUCGCUAUCACAGUACCACCGGCAGACAGAGGUGUUCACGCCUUUCUUCAAUGAGGUGCUGGAGAAGAAGCAGAGUAUUGAGAGUUCCUUCCUGCUGGAUAGUUCAUCAAGGGACUGCACAACAGCCGCCAGUGAGGACGUUUUCCCUACCUCACCACACAGCCACUCCCCAGCAUACAACCCCUACUACCCAGAUUCGGAAGAUGACACAGAGGCCCCGCCUCCUUACAGCCCCAUAGGUGAUGAUGUCCAGCUCCUCCCUACACCUAGUGAGAGGGCAAAAUACCGGAUCGAUCUAGAGGGGAAUGAGUACCCAGUCCACAGCACACCCGUUGGAGAUCAUGAACGCAAUCACAAAGUGCCACCGCCUGUCCGGCCCAAACCAGCACUCCCCAAGUCCACCGUGAAGAAGCUAGACCCCAACCUUCUAAAGACCAUUGAGGCAGGCAUGAGGAGCAACUGGCGGGCACCCCGUGGCCCUGUGGUUCAUGCUGAGGAUAUUGAGGCAUCAGAUAACUAUGCCGAACCCAUCGACACCCUGCGCCGGUCCAAGGGCUUCAACAAUGAUGACAUUUACGCUGUCCCCGAGGACACACACAGUCGCACGGUACACAAAAUUAGAAACUCCUUUGGGCCUCUGCAUGUUCGCCACGGUGGGGGAGAGGAACAGAAUGGAUUCGACAGGAAGUCACAGGUGGGACGGCGGCCGUCUAAGUAUAAACACCGUUCGAAGAUCCUAUUUAGCAAAACCAAGGCAUAUCAGCGACGCUUCCACUCGGACAGUGAUGGAGAGGAAACGGGCCCUGCCACGCAGAAGAAGAAAAAAGGGAGGGCCCACAGGGGGAGUGAGGAGGAUCCUCUGCUCUCCCCAGUGGACCCCUGGAAGGGAGGGAUAGAUAAUCCUGCCAUCACCUCUGACCCAGAGCAAGAUGACAAGAAGUUGAAGAAGAAGAAGACGCCCAAGAUGCCAAAGGAGCCAAAAAAGUCCAAAUCAUCCAAGCCCCCCAAGCCCCUGUACCCACCCACACGGAGGACAUGGGAGAGCAGCUACUUUGGUGUCCCUCUGCAGAACCUGGCAACCCCGGAGCGACCCAUUCCCCUCUUCAUCGAGAAGUGUGUGGAGUACAUAGAGCGCACUGGUUUGACGACAGAGGGCCUGUACCGCGUCAGUGGCAACAAGACUGACCAAGACAACAUCCAGAAACAGUUUGAUCAAGAUCACAGCGUCGACUUUGUGGUGAUGGACGUGGCAGUGAAUGCAGUUGCUGGAGCUCUGAAGGCCUUCUUUGCUGACCUGCCCGACCCCCUCAUCCCCUACAGCCUGCACCCCGAACUAGUGGAGGCAGCAAAAAUCGUGGACUACAUUGAGCGCAUGCAAGUGCUGAGAGAGAUUGUCAACAAGUUUCCUCCUGUCAACUACCUGGUCUUCAAAUACAUCAUCACACACCUCAACAGGGUGAGCCACCACAGUAAGACCACCUUAAUGACGGCCGACAACCUGUCUAUCUGCUUCUGGCCCACACUGAUGCGCCCAGACUUUGAGAACAAAGACACGCUGUCCACCACCAAGCUCAACCAAGCGGUCAUCGAGUCCUUCAUCCUCCAGACAGACUACUUUUUCUAUGGCGGCGAGGUGGCCGAAAGCUCCAGCAGCGAGGGCACGCCGCCCCCCCACUGCCACAAUAUGGUAGAGGCCCUCUUGCCCCUCCAACUGCCCCCUCCACUACAGCCCCAACAAAUCCAACACACACUUCAGCCUGACCCCCUCAUAUAGAUAAACGAGAAAUUGA